UCAUCGCCCGCAUUUCCGCCGCUAUACUCGUCGAGAACCAUCAUUGCCUUCCCAUCCCGCCGACAAACAAUCGGCAACUCCACAAUCAGCGCCAUGUCGUUCGCGAUGACGACGCCGAUCAAGUCGACCCCCGUCAAGCAGACCACCGCACCAGCGGCCUCAGAUAGCCCCGGCAACUGGAAGCACCCCCGCCUCGCCGAGAUCACACGGCGGCAGAGCCAGAAUGUCUUUUCGGAAAAGAACAUUAGGCAGAUGGUCUACAAUGCCGUGGCGCUAGUUGGCAUUGGGCUGGUGCGGCAGGUGGUGCUGCCCUUUGUGCCGUCCUGGGUAAUCAGCCCCCUAUGGAAGCAGUACAGCGGCUGGAUCACUGCGACACUGAUCCUUGUGCCGUUAAUAAACAUCGUCAUCGCGCUGCUGCCAUUGUACCGGCCCAAGGACGACCUCACCGACAUCCCCCUCACACCCGCCCAGCGGAAGCUACUCGGCCUCCCGCCGAGCUCGAGACCGGCGACGCCGAACUCGGUCUACAGCACACCCCCGCGGUACUCGCGAACCCCAUCGCUCGCCGGGUCGCCCGCUAGCAUCAAGAGCUACGCGAGCUCGCCCCUCUCUAACAUCGCCAGCCCGAGCCCUGGACAGUACUCGUCGCCCCGGUUCGGCACCUCGCCAUCAAAACUGAACGCGCCGCAAUACUCGCCAUCGACGGUCAGUCCUCUGCGACACAAGGCUAUGGGAGGGGUGAGGACAGCGUCGUUUGGAUCGACCAGCCCGCUCGGUGCGAGCACCGCUUCGAGCGCGUUUGGUGAGGGGCCUGCGACGCCGACGCCGGCGACAGGGAAGCGGUCAACCGUGGGGCUGAACAACAAGUGGCUGUAUGAAAAAGGGAGGAGGAGUUCGGGAAAUAGCUGGCUGCAUGCGUAAUGUCCAAAGCCUCUGCAUACUGAAGGACGGUUGUAUGUAUGUUUGUGAUGGCCGGCUUUGAACUUGGACUUGUGUUAUUAUAGUGAUAAAUAGUCGAAAACCGCCUCACGAUACAUGAUGGAUCCGGAGUCAUAGGGGUCAUCUUUGAGUCUGCUUUCGAGUGCGCGAAACCCCGCAAACUUUCAACCUGGUAU